UAUUUAUUGUGUUUCUUAACAUGCCUGGUAUCGUGAAAGCACUUUACAUGUAUUAACCGAUUAGUCAGGAAGAUAGUAUUUGUUAUUCACACUUGGUGUGUGAAUAAACUGAAGCACAGAAAAGUUAAGUAACUUGCCCAAGAUCACACACCUGGGCAAUGGGAGCAUCAGGGUUCCAGUCCACUCAGUCUGGCCCCAGAGUUCACGCUGUUAACCGUUUUGCCACAUUGCCUCUCUAGUUAAACAGAAUGGAACAUUAGAAACCUACACCAGCAUUGUAAUCACAGUACAGUUGUUGCUGUGUGUGUUACCAUGAGAUCUGCUGGACUUCAAUGAUUAGCAUCAUGUCAGAGUGGCUUGAGUCUGCCGAUUGUAUUGUAAUGUACACCAUGGUGGUGACUGUGGGUUAUGACAGUUCUUGUCUCUUUCUGUAUUCAUAGUAAAAAAAAUGUGAACUUAAAAGUAUAUGUUCUGAGGCUAAUAUAUUCCAUAUUAUGUGCCUUAUUUUGGGUACUGUGGUGUCUUUAUUUUUUCCAGCUAUUAUGUAAAUUCCUUAAACUCUGGAAGUGUUGUUCAUGCAGAACAGGUAAAUUUCUCAGGUGUUACAGGUGGCCAUUUUAUUUGUAGUUAGUCAUUAAUGACCUUAUUCAGAAUAGAGCAGUUUCCUUCAAAUGGUAGAAAUGGAACCAAAUUGUAGGAACCCAAAAGUGAGUGAAAAUGGAGGACUCAGUAGAAAAAGGAAGAAAAUUUCUUGGGUAGGUUGAAGAAUAGGAGACAAUGGGAAAGAAGACAGCUGUAAUGAUUGCUGGUGUGGUCAGAGAGGAGUUGAUCAGUGAGGAUUUAAAACUGGCUUAGACAGUCGAUACUGGUGUGAGAAGUGGCCCUGGGAAAGAGGAGCCUGGUGAGGUAGGCAGUAACACUCUGAGAAGGCAUCAUCAGCAUAGGCCUUAAUAUGGCUGGUAUGGUGGACUUGGAAGAGGGAAGACUGAUUGCCAGUGUUCUUGAUAAGGAAAAGUAGCUGCGGUGAAUUACUGUGUGUGAAAGAAGAGAUCGUGAGGCCAGAGCACUGGGGUUGAGUCUUCCCUCAUUUGGUGGCCUUGAGCAAAUUACUUAAUGGUACUGAAGUGUUUUCCUGUUUGUACAGUAGAGAUGGUGAUGUGAGUCUACUGUGAAAAGUGACUGUGAGGAUUAGUGAGAAGUUGCCUUUAGUAUAAAGCACUUGGUACAGUGCUUGCUCUUCACUUUUGAUAUUGUGAGGUUUUCACAAAUCAAACUGAACAUAUUGCUUGAUUGAAAAAAUAUAUGUGUGGAUGGUCUAUUUAAAGAUAAACCUAAUAACAGUAGAGUUGGAAGAGACAGGGGAGGGUAUGAUGAUGAUGUUGGUGAUGGAAAGGAGAGUGUGAUUACUUGUCAAGAACUAGAAGUGAUGAAAUGCUGAGUUUUCAGUGAUACUGUAGCUCUAAUCUGAAAAAUCCUCAUUAUUGAACUUUCUUUAGGGGAAAAAACAGCCUAAAACUUCACACUAGUCUUCCUCUUCCUCCACUGAAAUACAUAUUAAAAAUGUCUUUUGCUUUCUUUAGGGGAAAAACAGCCUAAAACUUCACACUAGUCUUCCUCUUCCUCCACUGAAAUACAUAUUAAAAAUGUCUUUUGCUAAAGUGAAGUAGGAGCACUGGCUGUGCUUGUAGUAGUUGAGAGAGUAGCAAGCAGGGAUUCUUAGGAUGGUAGGUCUGGAUGCGUCCGUCCAUGGAGAGCAGAGUGUUACAGUGAACCACUCCAACUUUGCCCUCUGCCCAAGAAGAGAUUUACUGAGAGAUGAAUAGGAACUAGGGACAUAUGAGCAGCUGACAGGAAGUGGUUUCUCAGUAGAGUCAGGAUGGUUGAGAAUAUAGCAGUUUGUAUGCUGUGAAUGGUUUAUUUUAGGGUAUGGUAUGUAGCGUGUACGGAAGUACACAGUAGGAGAAUGUCAUUUCUACCUUCAGCAAACACUUUUUAAAGGCAUAGUUUGCUAGGCACAUACAGAGUAAGAUGCCCUUCUACCUAAGGGAGACAGGUAUAUCAUGAGUUCAGAGUAGAGCUGAUGAAUAUGUGAACCUAAAGAAAAGAGAAGUAGAAAAGAAGACGAUUAAGCUGUUUAGAAAAAGAACAGUGGAUUAGGGAUGAGACCUCAGUGUUCUGAUUGGAGUUACUUCCCUAGGAUACAGGCCCCAGAUAUUUUUCUGAUAUACCACAGGGAAAACUGCUGCUGCCCAUGCUGCCUUAGGCGAUGGUUGAUCUGAGUGUGUGUUGUCUCCUUAGGACUGUACACCAUGGAUGAUUUUCCUGAGGGAGACUUCACUUUGGCAGAUGAUACCUUGUUGGAAGGUUGCCCUUAUGAGGAUGACUGUAUCUGUGCCCCUGACUUUACCACUGAUGAUUAUGUCCGAGUGACUGAGCUCUACUAUAAUGGAGUGGGUAUGCAAUAUAAAGAUUAUGCCCAAAGUGAGAAAAAUUUAGAAUAUGACAUCUGCAAUAUAUGGUGUAGUAAGCCACUUUCUAUCCUGCAAGAUUACUGUGACACCAUUAAGCUAUAUAUCUUCUGGCCACUUCUUUUUCAACAUCAGCACAGUUCUAUAAUAUCAAGAUUGCAUCCCUGUGUGGAAGCCACCCGUUCUCGUGCCGCCGAGAUAAGUUUGAAGAAAUUACAACAUCUUGAGUUGAUGGAAGACAUUGUGGAUUUGGCAAAGAAAGUUGCAAAUGAUUCAUUCCUUAUUGAAGGUUUAUUGAGAAUUGGUUAUAAAAUAGAAAAUGUAAGUGUUAAAAAUGAGACCCCAGCACACCCAUUACAGAAAAUUUUGGCAAUGGAAGAAGCUUUAAAUUGGAUAAAAUAUACAGGUGAUGUAGCAAUUCUACCUAAAUUAGGAUCAGUUGACAGUUGCUGGCCCAUGUUAAGUAUUUUCUUUACUGAAUAUAAGUAUCAUAUUACUAAAGUCGUAACUGAAAAUUGCAACUUGCUUGAGGAAUUUAGAAGGAACAGUUGUAUGCAGUGUGUGAAGCAAGGAGAACUAAUGAAAAUGAGAGGAAAUGAAGAGUUUUCCAAACAGAGAUUUGAUAUAGCUGUUAUUUUUUACACCAGAGCCAUUGAAUAUAGACCUGAAAACCAUCUCCUUUAUGGUAACCGAGCUCUCUGUUUUCUUCGUAUGGGACAGUUUAGAAAUGCACUUAGUGAUGGAAAGAGGGCCAUUGUUUUGAAGAACACCUGGCCAAAGGGUCAUUACCGUUACUGUGAUGCUCUUUCUAUGCUGGGGGAGUAUGACUGGGCCCUGCAAGCAAACGUAAAGGCUCAGAGACUCUGUAAAAAUGACCCUGAGGGAAUCAAGGAUCUAAUUCAGCAGCAUGUAAAGUUACAAAAACAAAUAGAAGACCUGCAAGGUCGGACAUCAAGUAAGAAUCCAAUUAAAGCUUUUUAUGAAAGCAGGGCUUACAUACCUAGAAAUUCAUCAGCACCUGCUUUUAGAACAUCACUUAACUUUGUGGAAACAGACAGAGGUUUCAGAAAAACUAAGUACAGAAUGGCAGAUGGUGGCAAUCACAAUCUACAGGUGGCAGAUGAGGCUUUGAAGGGCGAUGAUUGUGACUGUCAUCCUGAAUUUCUGCCACCUCCAAGUCAGCCUCCAAAACAUAAAGGAAAACACAAAUCACGAAACAAUGAAUCACAAAAGCCCAGUUAUAAUGCACAAGUGACUUUACCAGAUUUGAAAAACAUUUUGGAGAAACAGUUUUCAAAAUCUUCUAGAGCUGCACACCAGGAUUUUGCUAACAUCAUGAAAAUGUUAAGAAGCUUAAUUCAGGAUGGGUACACAGCCUUGUUAGAACAGCGUUGCCGCAGUGCGGCACAGGCCUUCACAGAGUUACUGAAUGGUUUGGAUCCUCAGAAGAUAAGGCAAUUGAACCUGGCCAUGAUUAAUUAUGUAUUAGUAGUCUAUGGACUUGCUGUUUCUCUCCUUGGAAUAGGAAGACCUGAGGAGCUGUCUGAAGCUGAGAACCAGUUCAAAAGGAUCAUCGAACACUAUCCCAAUGAGGGCCUUGACUGCUUGGCCUACUGUGGAAUAGGAAAAGUAUAUUUGAAAAAGAACAGAUUUCUUGAAGCUCUUAAUCACUUUGAAAAAGCAAAGACUUUGGUCUAUCGUCUCCCUGGAGUUCUAACUUGGCCCACAAGUAAUGUGAUUAUUGAGGAGUCUAAGCCAGAAAAAGUCAAGAUGAUGCUGGAGAAGUUUGUUGAAGAAUGCAAGUUUCCCCCAGUGCCAGAUGCUGUUUGUUGCUAUCAGAAGUGCCGUGGAUAUUCCAAAAUUCAGAUUUACCUAACUGAUCCAGACUUUAAGGGUUUUAUACGAAUUAGCUGCUGCCAGUACUGUAAGGUAGAAUUUCACAUGAACUGCUGGAAAAAGUUAAAAACAACAACUUUUAAUGAUAAAAUUGACAAGGAUUUUCUACAAGGAAUUUGUCUCACUCCUGACUGUGAGGGAAUCAUUUCUAAGAUUAUCAUCUUUAGCAGUGGUGGUCAAGUUAAAUGUGAAUUUGAACACAAGGUCAUCAAAGAGAAGGCUCCUUCUAAACCUGUUCUGAAACAGAAGUGCUCCAGCCUAGAGAAGUUAAGACUGAAAGAAGACAAAAAAUUGAAGAGAAAGAUCCAAAAACAAGAGGCCAAAAAAUUAGCACAAGAACGAAUGGAAGAGGACUUAAGAGAAAGCAAUCCACCCAAAAAUGAAGAGCCAGAAGAAACUGUAGACAGCGGUCAGAGUUGUCAGUUUCUUGAUGAUAGAAUCCUGCAAUGCAUAAAGCAGAAUGCAGACAAGAUUAAAUCUGGUAUAUUGAAUACUUCGACGCUUCUCAAAGAGCUGCUUUCUUGGAAGGUUCUGAGCACAGAAGACUACACAACAUGUUUUUCUAGCAAAAAUUUUCUCCGUGAAGCAGUAGACUAUGUUAUCCGUCACUUGGUUCAAGAAAAGAACAGAGUAAAGACACGGAUAUUUCUGCAUGUUUUGAGUGAGCUUAAAGAGGUAGACCCCAAGUUGGCUCCCUGGAUCCAGAGACUUAAUAGCUUUGGCUUAGAUGCCACAGGACCGUUUUUUACUCGGUAUGGAGCAUCUCUCAAGGAACUUGAUUUUAGCGUCAUGACUUUCCUCUGGAAUGAGAAAUAUGGCCAUAAACUGGGUUCGAUAGAAGGAAAGCAGCUCGAUUAUUUCUGUGAGCCAGCGUCAAUGAAGGAAGCCCGCUGUUUAAUAUGGCUGCUGGAAGAGCACAGAGACAAGUUCCCAGCCUUGCACAAUGCUCUGGAUGAGUUCUUUGAUAUAAUGGAUAGCCGAUGCACUGUGUUACGGAAGCAAGACAGUGAUGAAAUGCCGUUUGGUUGUAUCAAAGUAAAAAACAAAGGCAAGAAAAAGAAGCCAAAAGAUUCAAAGCCAAUGUUAGUGGGAUCUGGACCGACAUCGGUGACAGCAGGUAGUGAGACUGUCACUCCUGAAGACCAUAACAGGCGCAGUUCAGAUUCUGCAGGCCCGUUUGCAGUGCCUGACCACCUUCGGCAAGACGUCGAAGAAUUUGAAGCUCUUUAUGACCAGCACAGCAGCGAGUAUGUUGUCCGAAAUAAGAAGCUGUGGGACAUUAACCCCAAACAGAAAUGUUCGACUCUGUAUGAUUACUUCUCUCAGUUGUUGGAAGAGCAUGGCCCCUUGGACCUGAAUGACAAGGUGUUCUCUGAAGAGGAUGAGUUCUUCCCUGAAGAAACUCGACAGAUGCUAGAGAAAGCAGGCGGUUUGAAGUCUUUCCUCCUGGGAUGUCCUCGAUUUGUUGUGAUAGACAACUGUAUUGCGUUGAGAAAAGUUGCCUCAAGACUCAAGAAAAAGAGAAAGAAGAAAAACAUUAAAACUAAAGUUGAAGAAAUUUCAAAAACAGGAGAAUAUUUACGAGUUAAACUACCACUAAAUCCAGCUGCGAGGGAAUUUAAACCAGAUGUAAAGUCCACACCAGUGUGUGAGGAUGUAAAGUCUGCACCAGGACCUGCUGAGUCCCCAAGACCAGCUCCCGAGGACCUGAAGCCCCAACUGGACUCUGAUAGCUCUUGUGGUUCAGCUUCUGAGGACAGCAGACUGGAAAUGGCCUCUUGUGACUCGCCCCCACCACUCUCUGAGGAUGUGCAUCACAGACCAGCUUCCUCUCCUUCCCCCACACCAGCUCCUGAAGAUGCCAAACCAACAUACUGGACUCAGUCCCACUUGGUCACAGGAUUCUGCACAUACCUUCCUUUUCAAGGAUUUGACAUCGCACAGUCGAGGCCUGCAUACAUCAACGUGGUACCAAGCCUGCCCCAGUUCGCCGGCAUCUACACACCUCUGGCCAGCAUUUCCUCUGAGUAUGCCAUGCAGAGAUCCAUGCCAGUGGUGCCAUCUUUUGUAGCCAGCGACAGAGCAGAUAAAAAUGCCACUGCAUAUUUCGAGAGUCAUAAUUUGAAUACUGGGAAUGACUGUGGUAACCAGAUUGCCUCUGAAGCACAGAUCCUUGAGGAUUCUUUGGGAAUACCUGUGAAGUCCCAGAGCAGCCCAUGUGAUCUCGAUACAGCUCUGAGUGAGCCUGACAGAAACAGCAGGCAUGGUGGGAGCCCCGAUAGCCAGUGCGAGGUGUCUCUGGAAAGUACCAGCAGAGCAGCAGACACUCCCCCUACAGCAGUGCUUGCCGUCCAGGUGUCUAGGAGUGUGGUACAUCAGGAAGUCAAUACUGAGCCAUAUGUACCUUUUGAGACACAGCAGGGGGACCUUUCCCAGACUGAAAAGGAGUACUGCCUGUUAAGGGACCAACUUAAGGCCGCAGUGGAGAACUAUGAGCAGAUCAAACUCAGGAGCUCAGAAGAGACCAGGGACCUGGAAGAGAAGCUCAAGAGGAACGUAGAAGAGAACAAGAUCUCAAAGACAGAAUUAGACUGGUUCCUCCAAGAUUUGGACAGAGAAGUUAAAAAAUGGCAACAAGAGAAAAAAGAAAUCCAAGAAAGAUUAAAGACCCUGAAGAAAAAAAUUAAGAAGGUUACAAAUACCAGUGAAAUGUCUGCCCAGAAAAUUGAAGGCUUGGAUAAGGAAUUCGGAUCACUUCUGGACCAGUCCCCGGAAAUCAGGCAAACCAACUUUUAAUUAUUCUUAACAUCUUUCACUACAAUCUCAUUAGACUCUUAAGUGUAUCAUUGCUUAUCUGUCUCUUAAAUAAUUCUCAAAGCUUGAAUAUGUAUAUAUCCUGGUUUCUACUUCUGUCUUCCAUUGUCAGUAUAAAAAUGCCUCAAUGUAUUGCUAUUAUUUACUCCUUUUCUUUCCUUUUUAUGAAGUAGGGUCUCACUUUGUACACCAGGCUGGCCUCGAACUCACAUAGAUCUGCCUGCCUCUGCCUCGCAAGUGCUGGGGUUAUAGACAUGUGUCACCUUUCCUGGCUCUUUUCUUUUCUUUAAUUAAUUUCAACUACAAAUGUACUCUUCUGCCGGGCGGUGGUGGCGCACGCCUUUAAUCCCAGCCUGGUCUACAAAGUGAGUUCCAGGAAAGGCACAAAGCUAUACAGA